GCCUCAGUAACCGGCAAGUGCGUCCACAGUUCGGGCGAACGUUUCGUGGUGGCCGACAUUCGACGACAACGAUUACAAAACCGCUCCAGAUGACUACCGUUAUCAUAUCGCCGGCCGUCGGUCCUGAGUCGACCCAGCUCGUGUGCCCUACCUGCCAGGCGCUGGUGCGUACGGCGACGGAACAUCGGGCCAACACCCGGACACACAUCUACGCACUGCUGCUGUGCCUGUUCCUGUGCUGGCCAUGCAUUUGCCUGCCAUACUGCUGUGGUUCGUGCCGUGACACCGUUCAUCGGUGUCCUCGAUGCAAGGCGUACAUCGGCGUUUACCAGCGAUAAGUCGAAGGACGCAAUCACGUGCACCGAAAACAUUACACUACGACGACGCUAUGCCCAGACCCGUCAAUGAUGACAUCUCCGAAGGAAGCUCAGAAAGUAAUGCCACUUGUUGUGGCACUGCAAUCCCGUAUUUUCGAGAAUCUCUAGCAACAAAGAUCUGUCGCUACGGUCCAUGCACUCCGUAGCACCACAGUAACUCGAACGGCUUGAAUUGAGAUGUGAAAUAAAAUAAACAUUU